AAUGACAGAACUUGGUAUACAUUCAUCUGUGGAUUGUUACUCUGCUCUGCUCUUAAUCUGAAUUGAAACCUUCAUGAUCAACUGCUCUAGGUUUCAUAAAUAUGUAUAUAUAUGUUUUUGUACCUGAAAAUCAACAGGCUUGCAAUGUGCUCAAAUGAAUCUAAGUGAAGAACAUCUUUUUCUCCUGCUGGAUCCAUGAGCCAGAUGAACCUUUACAUCUCUGCCCACAUUCUCCACCAGACCCAGGUGAGGAGUGUCUGUGUUCUUGUGCUCCUGUAUAUUCCUCUGUGUAUGAUGGACAUCCCUGGACCAUGCAGGCACUCCAUAACCAAAGAACACCUACUCCAGAUAAAUCAUCUAAUCAAUAACCAGAUGACGAAUGGAUGUUCAAUAUCCUACAUGUUCAUCGAGAAGAGACAUCUGAGCUCAGUGUGUUAUGUGAAAGCAGCUCUGCCAAGAGUGUUGGACUUGCUGAGUACACACUUCCGAUAUUCCCAAGACUCGGAGAGCGCCCUGUCAGUCCACUCUCUACAGAACCUCAUCCACAACAUCUACUCACAGCACUGUGUGCCACCUCUUAAUGAAGAACUCGAGGAGACCCCAGUGGUGUUUCUGAAGGAGUUCACAGAUAGCCCUGUUCAAGCCUUACAGAGAGUUAAGGAGGUUCUGGAUGUCUACCUACAGCUCAUCACACAAACCGCCACAGCGGUGGACUGGAGUUGUGCAGUGGAAUACAGCUACAGCUACACAACUGUUGACAACACAGAGCUGCUCAGCACAAAUAGUACAGAUUCCAUGCUAGUGAUGCUAGGACAUGAGCAGAACUCCUCUGACUUGAGUUUCUAUAAACUGGGCUUCAUCGUGUUAGCAGCGAGUGGUGGAAUUUUCCUUCUUAUCACUGUCUCUUGCCUCAUACAUAGAAAGAGAUUUCAUCGACUUCCAAGACGAGACAUGGAUUUAGACACAUGGUCCAACGUCAGUCACAUAGCUUUCUGCUCAACAGAUUUUAAUCGAAUGGAUCUGAUAAUCUGAAGAUUCUCCAAGAUCCAAACAUCAUUCACAUCUUACCUUGUGAAUUACUGACUUAUAUUUUCACACAUUUUAUACAAGUAAACAUUCACAGUACCUUCCACAUGUAUUUAUGAACAUUAAACUCAGACCCUCUUUGUAUGUUGUAUAAAUCAUUGAAAUAGUCCAUUCUUACACAAAUAUGAAUGCUGUUCUAUUACAAACUUAUUUUAUAUUUAUUUCUGCUACACUUGUUUUUUUUACAUACAUGGUUUUUCUUUUUGCAGCUCUGUAUCGGACACUUACAGGAAAUAU